CACGAAAAAUGCGGUAAACAACUGAUAAGCCCUGUUCCUUGUUGAGGCCUACAUAAAAGAUAAGCAGGAGCUCACACGCUGCCAUUUCACCACUGCGUCACAUUGGUGGGAACAUCGGGACAUCUAAGAUGGCCGCCUCGAUGAUUCAGUUAAUAGGCUUCAUGUUGUCCAUUUUGGGGCAAUUCUUAAUUUCAGCUGCGACGGCAAUGGACAUGUGGAGCUUGCAGGAUCGAUCUUUAUCAGUUGUGACAAAUUUUUAUACCUAUUCUGGGUUAUGGAAGUCGUGUGUGGGGACGGCGUACGGCACCACGCAGUGCAGGCCUUAUUUCACCAUCCUGGGACUGCCAGCCCUGCUGCAGGCCGUGAGGGCCUUGAUGAUCGUCGGUAUCGUCCUCGGCGCCAUUGGAGGCCUGAUCGCCAUAUUUUCGCUGAAGUGCUUGAAAAUGGGGAACAUGGAGGACAACAUCAAGGCCACAAUGACUCUUACAGCUGGGAUCAUGUUUCUUCUCGGAGGGGUCUGCGGCAUCGCCGGGGUGUCGGCCUUUGCUAACUUGAUUGUGCAAAGUUUUCGGUUCACCACGUACGCCGACGGCGGGUUCAGCAUGAUGGGAGGAGGGGGUAUCGGUGGACUCACGGGAUCCCUCACUCCGAGGUACACUUUCGGCCCCGCUCUUUUCGUGGGCUGGAUCGGCGGAGCCGUCCUGGUUAUCGGAGGCGUCAUGAUGUGUCUGGCCUGCCGCGGAAUGUCCUCGGAUGCAAAGCAACGGUUCGACGGGAUGGCCUACAAAGCCGCCUCUCACCACACUAUCUACAAGACCGAAGCCAGACCUCGUGCAGCCUUCAAUGACUCCUACAAGGCCCAGAGUGCGGAUGGAAGGAUGUCCAACCAGAAAUUUGAUUACGUGUAGAAUCAUUUUACUCAUGGUUACCUCUGUUUUCUGAUGCUCUGUGAUGAUGUUGUUUUUGUUUGCUUUUUGAAUUUGGUGGUUAUGUAACACUGAUGUGGUUAUUUUCUUAUUUUUCUCUAGCUUAAUUUGGCUGAGCUGCUGAACACUUGUGUUAUCAUUUUAUUUUUCUACGCUUGUAUAAUCGCAAUUAGCAAAUUCUGUUUUGUGAUUUAUGAAGUGAUAUUUUUUUGGUGAUACAAAAAAAGAAAGAUAUUCUUAUUUGAUGCCAUUCAAAAUAAAUCACCUCAGCAUGUAACACAAAAAAAAUAAAAUAUAUUGAUGGACUAAACUUGUAGACCAGCAGUUUGUUGCUUUCUCCACGUGUAUGUGUAUGUCAACAAAUACCUACAGUGACAAAGGACUGUCUAAUGUCACUAUAUAUUCUGAUGCCCUAGGUUUAACGUUCCACAAAUAGCAUCUGGAAGGCGAUUAUGACAUCUGUCUUCAUGUUAAGAAGUUUCACAAACAUAAGAAAUUCAGGCCAAAUUAAAACGAUGCAUUUGUCCAUUGCAUCUGUACAUAUCCUGUCAGAAAAGAGAUCAUCAAAGAAUCAUGAAUCGUGAAAGAAACAACUCUAUUUCAAGUUGUGCUGUUGUUUAUCCAAUUAGUGUUAUCAACAGAAAAUGCAUUGGUCAUAGUUUAUCGAUGGUAGUCACCCUUUAUCUCCAGCCCUCCAGCACCAUGUGAUGAGUACAAUA